AUGAAGCUCUCCGUCCUUGCUCCCGGCAUCUUGGCCGGCCUUGCCGCCGCCUCUCCAGCUCCCACCAAGUCCCUCCAGGAGAGAGCCACGACCAUGUGCGGACAAUGGGACUCGCUCGCCACGGGAGGAUACACUGUAUACCAGGACCUCUGGGGCAUGUCCGCCGCGACGUCCGGCUCGCAGUGCACGACCGUCACCGGCAUGUCCGGGAGCAACCUGGUCUGGUCGACGAGCUGGACCUGGGCUGGCGGCUCGUCCAGCGUCAAGUCGUACGCCAAUGCCGUCGUCAGUUUCACGCCCAAGCAGCUCUCUGCUAUCUCCAAGAUCCCAACCACAUGGAAGUGGAGCUACACCGGCACAUCAGUCGUGGCCAACGUAGCAUACGACCUCUUCACCGGGUCCUCCGCCAGCGGCACCUCACAGUACGAGAUCAUGAUCUGGCUCAACGCGCUGGGCGGCGCGGGCCCCAUCUCCUCCACGGGCAGCACGAUCGCCACGCCAACGAUCGGCGGCGUGAGUUGGAAGCUGUACAGCGGCAGCAACGGCGUGCAGACCGUCUUCAGCUUCGUCGCGUCGAGCGCGCAGUCCAACUUCAGCGGCGACCUGAAGAACUUCAUCUCGUACCUGACCAGCAACCAGGGGCUGCCGACCAGCCAGUAUCUGACGAGCAUUGGAGCGGGCACCGAGACGUUCACGGGCUCGAACGCCGUGUUCAGCACAAGUGCCUACACGGCUUCUGUGAGCUAG